UAUUAUGGGAGUGAUCAGUGACACUAGUGACGUAACAUUCCUCUUAGUUUAGUUGACUUGAAUCAUCACUUCUACUCUGGUAAAUGAAAAAAACAUCAAUGAGUAGAUAAAUGAAUUUAGAAUUACAGAAAUGGUGUCAUCAUGGGAAAUUAUUCAACUAUGAUUUUUUAUUUAUCUAUGAAUAUAAUCAUUUAUUUUUGCAUUUAUUUAACCUUAUCUUAGUCCUUCCUAUAUUUCACUUAAAAUCUUACUAAAAUUGGACCAAUGCUCUUCUAAUAACUUCUAAGAUCCAUUUUCUGUGCUUUAUUAUUUAGUCUAUAUUCGGAGCGGGAGACAUCGAUGAUGAUCUCAUCUUGUCGUUUCUGGAUACGAAAUUAGCUUGAGCCAAGUUUUAGUUACUUUACUUUAACUGAUCCGGAUAUAAACAGGCUUCUUUUCAGGUUUCUCGAGAAAGAUUAAUAACACUUAUCUUCAUGAGAAAGUAACAUUAAUACUAUUUUCGGUUUUCUGGAAUCAGCGGAGGUUAAAUACUAAAUAUUAGCUAGCUCGUUCAUUAGCAUUAGCGGCACCUAGCUAGUUAGCUAACACUCGGCAACAGGAGAGAGGAAAAUGGCAGCAGGGAAGAUGUGCGCCAGGAAGACCAAGGAGGAAACGGCAGAGUGGACAGGGUUGUUCCUGAACGACCUGAAGACCAGGCAGGAGUCCCUGGUGUUUGUCAAGAGGAUGAUGGCCGUGGCCGUCUCCUCCAUCACUUACCUCAGAGGGAUCUUCCCUGAGGACGCCUACAGAUCCAGAUAUCUGGAAGAUCUGUGUGUCAAGGUUCUACGUGAAGACUGCAGCAGGCCUGGUGCCAGCAAAGUUGUGAAAUGGAUGAUGGGCUGCUUUGAUGCCAUAGAGAAGCAGUAUCUCCAGAUUGUGUUCAUUGGGGUGUACACCAAUCCAGAUGAACCCAAUUGCAUUAUUGAAUCUUACCAGUUCAAAUUCAAAUACACUGAGAAGGGACCAGAGAUGGACAUACUCAGGAACAACGACGUGAAGAUUCAGGUGACGCUGGAGGACACCAAGAGAGCAUCAGUUCUGCUCAUCAGGAAGCUGUUCCUGCUCAUGCAGAACCUGGACGCCCUUCCCAGUAACGUGUAUCUCACCAUGAAGCUCUACUACUAUGACGACAUCACUCCUGCUGAAUACCAGCCACCGGGCUUCAAGGAGGGUGAAUGUGACAGUCUGUGGUUUGAAGGCAUGGCUGUGCAAUUCAAGGUGGGCGAGGUGCAGACGGCCUUCCACAGCUUGAGAGUCCGCGUGUCGGCGGAACAAGGCCGCAUGGAGAAACUCCAGGAAGUGAAUCAGCUUAGGGAGACCAAGAAGGUUCCUCAGAGAAAUCCCUCAAAGAGGGGAAUGAUCAAGGUUCCACCAACGAAAAUAUACAAUGAAGACGAUCUACCCUCUGAAGAUGAGUCUGCACAGUUCAAGAAACCCACCAGACCUGUGGCAAAGAGACAAGCAGCUGCCAAAAAUCCGGCGAGGAAGAAAAGAAGAACUUAGUCAAGAAGACAAGAGAGAAAGUCCAACGUAUGUAUGGAAAAUGUCUUUAUUAUAUUGUUAUUUACAGACGGUGUUCACGUCGCAAUUGUUUGAUUUGAUAUGAGUUAAACAGGACCUUUCUGUUGUUUGUCCUCAAAAGAAAAAUGUUCCUUUCACAGUUGUGAUCCAAACAACACUGUAGCUUAACAAUUCUACAAGAAAAAUACAAUCUCUAUGAUUUAUAUCAACACAAUGUUAGAAAGUGCUUCAUUCUUUUAGUACUGUGUGUAUAUAAAGAUAUAUUGAUGUCGUUGUUCAAGAAAUAAAACUUGGUUGUAAACUUCGGUUUGUGUGUAAAACUGUCAAAUGUAUUUAACAUUUGAGUGUACAUAUGUAAGUAAAAAUUAUGAGCGAGGCAGAACUGCUGCAGUGAAAUUUAUAUAACACAAAAUGCAGCUUAUAAAUGCUGAAGUAGCUAAAAGAAAUCAGUGUUCAUUAAGUAUAAAGCUGUCUCUAAUUAGAUUAAUUUGGCACAGACAGUAAUGUUCCUUUUCAAUUCUUACAUUUUCCAGCUCGCGUCACAUUCAUAUUAUUCGACUUAGUUACACCAGUUUUUUGUCUCAGAUCACCUUGAGCUGUGUUUUCCUCCAACUCACAAAAUACUCACAAACAUGGCUCAACAUUCAGGACGGACAACUGGAGCCCCAUGGAUCCAAACGAGCUUCUAAUCACUUGUGCUCACUGAUGUUUCUUUUCCCUGAGUAAUGGAUGAGAUGUCCUGGUCCAGACCAACGGAUCCAGUUCUUCAUCCUCUUCUGUGUGUGUGUGUGUGAACUAGAAGAGACUGUCCACGUCGCCCA